GGAAGAGCAAAUGCCACUGUCGAAAAGGUAGUCGUGAAGAAAAUGCUAAGCGAUGACGUUUUGGACAAGAAGACCUUUAUCAAGGAAGCAAGGAUACUACAAAGGCUAGAACACCCAAACAUCGUAGACUUCAAGGGUAUCUGCAAUAAUCCAUUUGCCCUUGUGUUAGAGUACGUCUACUUUGAUUUUAAACCAUUUGGUGUGGAGCAGAAAGUGAGCUCCCUUGCUCAGUUUCUUUGUGUUCUUCAAGGCUUCGCUGAGUGCCACGGUUUUGAUAGUCCUCUCGUUAUCUCAACCAUUUGCAAGGACAUGGCAGCAGGUCUACAAUACCUACACGAAAAUGGUGUCGCUCACCGAGAUUUUAAGCCGGCAAAUAUAUAUCCUGAUCAGCAAUCAAAAUUAUUGUGA